CAUUCUCAAUGAUAUGACUCUGCCUCACUGGCCUUUGGGGUCAUUCCUUCAUGUUGGUCACUGCCUGUCAGCUGCUGGAACGUAAGGGGGCUUUUCCUGGCCCAACCUCAGACUUCCUCUGGCCACUCCUGGGCAUCUUACGGGGACUAGCCAUGGGCACCACUGUGCAGGAAGCAGGGAUCCCCACCAGCCACCCCCGGGUCUAUAACAUCCACAGUCGAACGGUCACCCGGUAUCCUGCCAACUCCAUCGUCGUGGUCGGAGGCUGCCCGGUCUGCAGGGUUGGUGUCCUGGAGUACUGCUUCACCUGCCUGGGCAUCUUCUUGGCCAUUGUCCUGUUUCCUUUUGGGUUCAUCUGCUGCUUUGCAUUGAGGAAGCGAAGAUGCCCCAACUGUGGAGCAGUCUUUACUUAAAGGGAACAACACACCCAGUUUUCCUACAUUCAGCUAUCUUUUCUAAUGUAAAUGUUGUGUACAAUAGUUUUAUUUGAUUAAGCUUCAGGACUGUUUUGUAAAGUGUGGUGGGAUAGACUUGGCAUUUGUGCGCUGACCGCAGAGGUGGAAGGCAGCAAACUGCUCCCGAGGUUAAGGAUAACUCAAGAAAGCACUGCUUCUAUUUUUUGCAGUCUUCAAUUUGAGAAUGGUGAGAGAUACUGUUUUAAAUAAAUGAGAUUCAUACCAUUGUGUA